AUGCAAUGGAAGACGUACAUUGCCCGAAAGUCUGCAUACGUCGAGAUUAUUGUAUACGUGGACCCUGGCGCGUGCUAUGCCACGACAUUGAUGGUAUACCCUCUGAUCAUUGAUAUCAAUAACCGUGUUCCUGUGCCAUGGAACGUGGCUCACCUCAGCAUGCAGAAGCUGCCGGCACUCGAUCUCAGCGAGGUCGGCCAGCCGGACAAACGUAGAUGGCUAGACGAUUUCAAGUGGCUGAGCCUCCACGUCUCAUCCACGACCUCGGCCCGAGAAAAUGUUCUCCGCCACAGCCCGAUGGACGGUGGCGAGCAUGCGCGCGCCCAAUUGAAAGCGACCCUCUUGACAAUCCUGAAGCAUCAUGCAGGGUUUUCUUUUCUCGUCUCGAAGCUGCGGCUGGAUCUCUCCAACCGCACCGUAGUGCUUUACGCCGCGUGCCUGAAAUUAUAUGACGCGCUGCCCAGGCCCAACGACUAUCUGAUCGCGCUCACGGAGAACAACGGGAUGGAGGGCAAUGCGGACAAGUCACUCGAAGACGGCCAGCAGGUGCUCUGCAAUUGCGGCAACGGCGUCGUUCCGGACGGGUACAUGCCCAGCAUCCCAAAUUUCAAGAGCUUUGUGGGCAAGCAGUGCGUGCGCGUCGCGCUGUCUCUGCUCUUUUACUUAUAA